AAGUUUUAAGAGAAAACUUUCAGAAAUCCUUAAGAGAUUUCUAGUUUCUCAUGUGUUGAGAUUAAGAUCUUCAACACUUUGAAAAAACAAACAAGGGGUUGUAAGUAGAGAGUCUACUAGCACAGAUUCGGUCCUGCUCAAGGUUUAACACAACCACUUGUGCUCAAAGUUUGACACAACACUUGUUGGUGGAGAAAGAAGGAUCGGAAGAUAAGCAAGAAGUCAUUUAAGCAAUUUUGACUUCAGGCUUUUAAGAGAAAGCAACCUGGUGAUGGAUCAGGACAAUGCUACUACAGCUGCUGCUGCCCCUACGUUGGUGGUGGGGCUUAGGUUUCAGCCCAGUGAUGCUUUGCUAAUGGGCUAUCUCUACUGCAAAGUCAGUGGCAAGAUGCAUAUGGGAGACGUAAUCAAGGAAUGCGAUCUGUACGGGCAGAAAGAGCCCUGGGAACUUUGGGAGUUAUAUGGUGGGGACAAGCUUCAACCUGGCGAAGAUCUCUACUUCUACACUCAGUUGAAGAAGACCCUCGAUGGUUCUAGAAUCAAUCGCUCCGUCGGUACUGGUACAUGGAUGGGUGAAGAUUUCAACGAGCCUAUAACAUUCUCCCAAAAGCUAUUAGGAUAUAAGAAAAGAUAUACAUACGAGGAUGGAGUGACGGAACAAGUAGGAAGGUGGAUCAUGCAAGAGUAUAAUUUGAAUGCUUCACUGCAUGACAACGAUUAUGAUUAUGUACUUUGUCGAAUAAGGAAGAAUGAUAGAAGUAAUUGAGAAUUACUGAUAGGUGCUUAG